AUGUCUCAGAUACUGGCACCACGACCACCUCAAGGCGGCGAAAGUCCUCAGGAGCCUCCAUCUUCUCAGCGCCCUCGGAAAAUAUCCACCGCUUGCGGUGCCUGCAAACAGAGGAAAACAAAGUGCUCUGGGGGCAACCCUUGCGAGGCUUGUGCGACGAGAAAAAGUCUAUGCGUUUACGAUGCAAGUUCUGACCAGCGACGGAAGAUUGCGAACCACCGAACCGCCCAAGAACUCGCGGACAAGCAGCUCGCUCUUGAUCGACAACAGCAACUCCUGGGAGGAAUCAUUGCGACCGUGCGCGCCGGCGGGUACAGUGCGACCGAGGACUUGAUCCGCGUCAUACGUUCAGGCGUCGAACUAUCACAACUAGCUGCCCAUGUUCGGAACGAGUGUCGGGCUAAUAUCGCAAUCCAGCAGGCUUUCGACCAGAUUGACUUCGUCAUUGAUGGAGGCACAGAAUUGCCUUCCCCGGCCCAGAUGCAAGUUUUACCAAACGACGAAUCGCGGGGAUCAGAAGAGCAAAGCGACACCAGUUCCACCAGAUUUUCUUCCAGUGAUCAAUCCAAGAUGGACAGACUAAAACCGCCGCGCUAA